AACCUUCAGGAAAAUUUGAUGAUUCCCAAUACUGUGGGGGAGGAGUCUUAACCAUCCAUUCAAAGCUAGAACUUGGAGCAAGGUUGAGAUUGUAGAAAUGUACAUUUCAGACCGAAUAGAGAAAAACUGAUGCCUGUCACAGUAUUCAUAAAAGCUGCCAUUCAGCAAUGCAGUUCCUCAGGACUCACAGAACAUCAGAACAUCAGUCCGGCAAAGGGCCCUGAAGUAAAAAUUUGUUUGAAAAUUAUUUUGAGAUGUUUUUUAAACUGCCAUUACUCUCCUCAAUUUACACUACAUACAUAUACAUAAAAAUGUUCAUAUACACUCGGUUUACCCCUUUAUUAGUUACACCUUUACACCAGCUUAUAAAUGGAAAUAUUUAAACACCAUAGUCGUAGCAGUAGUCCACCGAUUUGCCGCAAUCACACUUUGCAUUUUCUCGAGGAAAUGCACAUCUCUAGUUUAAAUUAAUGGCUUUGGAUGGAACACCAGAACCCUAUGAUUGGACAUCUCUGAGGAACGGGAGGAGGGAGGGCGUGUCAGAAGUAACAAGACAGAACAAGGCAGAGGGGUGACAACUCUCUUACAGACUGUCUGCAGUGGCCUUGCAGAGGGAGGCAGUUUUGCAGCUAAUAAGCUUGCAAGACAUGCAGUGGGAGAAGUUCAGGGGAUAUGACAGGAAUGAGGAAGUACAGGGGAUAUGACCGAAAUGAGGAAGUACAGGGGAUAUGACAGAAAUGAGGAAGGACACUUACAUCACAAACAUUGUGGAAAUAGCAAAAACAUUGGCCCACGUAUGAACAGGGCCAGUGUUUUUAUUAUAUUAUUGUCCCUUUCCCCACCCACCGUACAAUUCACUUAGAUUUAGAGGAAUUAAAUUUAAUUGCGGCAAGGUGACAUUUGCAGCCAUCUCGUAAGAAGAAAUUGCCUGAGCUGAACUUGGAUCAAGUGAGGGUUGACGAGCAGGCAGCAGGGAAAAGAUUAACUGGAGUACGAGAAGAGGAAGAAUCACUGUCCACAGACAGCAUGUUUGGGAAGGAGUGGAGCAUAAAUCUGUGGAAAGAUGGAGAACUCGCAGCUAUGAAAGAGGAGGAAGCUCCACUACAGCCAGUCAUCAAUGAGGAGGCUACACAGACAGUGGACGACAGGCCGGAUCUGUUUUCCAUCAAGGUUGAGCUGUUUGAACAGAAGUUGGAGGACACUGAUCCACAGGAAGGUCUAAAGAUAAGCAGUUGUUUCGAAUCAGAGAGUGAUUCCACUGAGCGGCAGUACAUCAAAGAGUCCUAUCCGCAGCCUGCACCCACAGAAAUAAUGGAGGAACCUUACGCACGGGCUACAAGUGCAGGGGGCCGAUUGGAACAGGACACCCUCCCCAUUACCUUGGAAGGCACGGCAGAAUCACAUGCAUCUCCUGCACCUCCACAGAGCACAGCGGAAUCUGGAGAUGCUCAGCCAUGCUUCCUUCGUGGUCAGAACAUCAAUCCGGCAAAGGGCCCUGAGGGAGCUGGGAGACAACUGCUAGCAUGUAGAUAUUGUGGAAGGAAUUUCUCUUAUUUUAUCAGUUUUCAAAAGCACCAACAAACCUGCUACAACACAAGCGAGAACCAUUCUUGUCAAAAAACUGAACUUGCACACCAUGAGAGCACUGAGAUUGGACAAAAAACAUUUAAAAACAGAUGGUUCAGUUGUGAACAUUGUACGGAGACUUUCAGUUGUUCUUACGAUCUCGAAACACAUCAGACUAUUCACAGAGAGAAACAAUUUAGCUGUAAUGACUGUGGGAAAUGUUAUUUAGAAAAAUGGCGUCUUGAUUCACAUCUGUGCUCUCGCACUGGAGGGAAACCGUACAAGUGUAACGAUUGUGGAAAUAGCUUUUCUCAGGAAGUUCACUUGAGUUUACAUCAAUGCUUGCACAACAAAGUGAAACAAUACAGUUGUGUCAAGAGUGGAGAGAAUUCUUCUAGGAAGAGAAAAUUAGAGUCGCAACACCGCAUUUACAGAGAGGGCAAUUUCUAUAGCUGUGCAGUUUGUCAGAAGAGUUUCACAAAUAUAAAUACUUUUACACAGUAUCUGUGUAAACACAUUACGGAUAAAUCGCACAGGUGUUUGGAGUGUGGAAAGUGUUUCACAGAGCGCAGUAGUCUUCUUUUACACCAACGCACAAUUCACGCAGGAGAGAAACCACACAGCUGUGCUGAGUGUGGCAAGAAUUUCACUCAGAAAGCUAAUCUUCAGAAACAUCAGGUCAUUCACAGUGGAGAAAAACCGUACAAAUGUCUUGAAUGUGGAAAGAGGUUCACACAGAAAGGUUAUCUUAAAAAACAUGAUCAAAUUCACAGAGGAGUGAAACCAUAUAGGUGUCGAGAGUGUGGAAAAUGUUUUUAUCUUAAGACUGAUCUUAAUUGUCAUGAGCGCAACCACAGGACACAAGUAUUAUAGGCACUUUUAUCGUGGAUAGAGUUUCUCCAGGAAACCUCCACCAACAAUCAAAUCACCAGGCCCAUAGUAAACAAUGUCUUGAAUACUGUGCUUGUUCAUAGCUUUUCAAUAUUCCUAUUAUUUUCUGAGAUAUUUAAGGUUUCCAGGGAAACAAGUUCCAUAGGAAUGAAUGGAGGAAUGUUCUGUUUCUGGUGACAGUUAAAAUUUGUGUUUUUGGAGAUGUUGUUUAAACUGCCAUUCAUAUACACUCGCUUUACCACUUUAUUAGGUACACUUUUUGACCAGCUUAUAAAUGGAAAUAUUUAAACACCAUAGUCAUAGCAGUAGUCCACCAAUUUGCUGCAAUCACUCUCCGCAUUUUCUUGAGGAAAUGCACAUCUCUAGUUUUAAUAAAUGUUUUUAAAUGUAUGCCUCAAAAUUCUCAAGUGUUUAGUCUGACAACUUAAAUAUCAGUGCUGCAGAAGCCCCACGAAAGUAUAAGAAGUCGUUUCAAAUGUAAACGGACAUAUUCUGAUCAUUCUGACUUGUGUUUCACAGGUUCAGUGUUGUUCGGACGUCUGGAGGACUGGUCUAUUAUCAGGCUUUCUUACCUUUGUGAUGACAGGACCAGUAUGUAAAUAGAUGCCAGUACUGUUAUUAAUCAUCUUGUUAAUUUGACUAUUAAGUUUAAAGUUUGUUCGUUCAAUGCACAUAAAUAACAUUUCCAUAAAGGUGCCAGAGUUAGCCACGGAGACUAAUUUUCACCAUUGACCCAAUGCAAUCCAAGGUACAAGGAUGCAUUUAAGAAUGAGUUCAAAAUGAAUGUUGUCUGAAGCUCAUCAUAAUUCAGCCUUGGGAGGAACCAUGUAAACCAGCUGUACAUUCUAGUCCAAAGUCUAUGAAUGUGACUCCCAACUAAUCAUCCAUUAUUUCAUAACCUUAUUUCUGUAUUUGUGUGGACAUAACAUUAGGAAACAGGGUUAUGCCAAGGUCACAAAUCCUUGUGCUAGUGGACUGAAUUUCCUCCUUUGAAAGCAAAAAUAUAAAUGCUGGAGAAAUAAA